AUGGUGGUUAAAGAAGCCUUGUUCUCAAGCAUGGGAGACAACAAUCCACCACAACGAUCCAAAGACCUUGGGUCACCUUCGAUCCAGUGUCCGAUGUUAACAUCGACAAACUACACAGUUUGGUCGAUGCGUAUGAAGAUCACGCUACGGGUCAGCGAAGUAUGGGACACAAUAGAGCCAGGCUCCGCCGACGUAAAGAUGAACGAUGUGGUGAAUGCUCUGUUGUUCCAAUCGAUUCCAGAGACGUUGAUUUUGCAGAUUGGAGAGCAAAAUUCAACGAAGAAUCUAUGGGAAGCUAUCAAGUCUCGUCACCAGGGAGCAGACCGGGUGAAAGAAGCAAGACUUCAAACUCUCAAAGCAGAGUUAGAUCAGGUAACAAUGGGAGAUUCAGAGUCGGUAGAUGAGUAUGCAGGGAAGAUGUCAGGACUCGCCGCUCAAUCAGCCUCCCUAGGAGAAGCAAUCGAUGAAACAAAACUUGUGAAGAAGUUUUUAUCGGGACUUCCAAGAGAAAAAUUUAUUCAUAUCGUAGCAUCUCUUGAACAAGUUCUCAACUUAAACACAACAACCUUCGAAGAUAUAGUAGGAAGGAUAAAAGCUUAUGAAGAACGAGUUGGGAAGGAGACCUUGAGUGAAGAUCAAGGUAAACUCAUGUUCUCAAACACCAAUUACCGUGGAGGGUACGGUGGAUUUCGAGGGGGAGCAAGAGGCAGAGGCGAUACCGGAAGAGGAAGUUUCGGUAGAGGCAGAGGACGAGGUCGAGAUAGAUUUAACGGUCAAAAUCAAGUAGGAGAAAUCUCAGAGAAGGAUCAAAAGAAGAAAGAUCUUACAAAAAUCGUUUGUUGGAGGUGUGACAAGUCGGGUCUCUAUGCUUCAAGAUGCCCCGAUAAGCCUUUGCAACACCAUGAAACAAACCUAAACGAGACUCAAGAAGCUGAAGCCCUCUACGUUCAUGAAGUGGUGUUCUUGAACGAAGAUAAAGUGUUUCCUGAUAACUCAAGUGUUUGGUAUCUCGACAACGGCGCAAGCAACCAUAUGACAGGAAACAGAGAGUUUUUCUCAAGUUUAGAUGAAAAAAUCAAGGGGCGAGUAAAGUUUGGUGAUGGGUCGUAUGUAAACAUUAUCGGAAAAGGUUCAAUUGUCUUUGUGACCAAGUCGGGUGAAAGAAGAGCUCUCAAAGAAAUAUAUUACAUAUCGGAUUUAAAACACAACAUCAUCAGCCUUGGACAAGCAACAGAGAAUGGUUUUGAAGUAAAGAUGAAGGGAAACACGUUGACCUUAAGUGAUUCGUACGGACGACUACUAGUUCAAGUUGUAAGGUCGCCAAACCGCCUCUACAAAACGCCGCUGGAGAUCAUCUUUCAGAAGUGUCUCUCAAUUCAAGAAGAAGAAGCUAGAUGGACUUGGCAUGCGAGGCUAGGUCACAUCAAUGUUGGUGUCAUGAACAAUAUGGUGAGAAAAGAUAUGGUCGUGGGAAUGCCACAAGUAUUACGUUAG